AUGGAACUGAAAAAUAAGAAAAUAUAAGGACUUUUUGGAAAUGCGAAAAAGUCUAAAGUUAUUAAAGCCUUGUCUUAAAAGAAAGCUAGAACAUGGCAGCAAAUGCUGUUUGAUUCAUUAAAAUCAUAAGAUGUUUAUGGAAGAAAAGUAGAAUUUACCUAUAAAGGAUAGAAGAGAUAUAAAACAUUACUAGGAGCCAUUUUUACUCUCGCAUAAAGAGUUGUUAUUUCAAUUUUUAUCAUCUUCUAGCUUUAUUUGCUCAUUUCAAAAAAGCAUCCUCGGACUCAUACAAAGAACUUGAUAUAAGGCAAUGAUAAUAUGAGUAAGAUCAAUCUUUGGUAAUAAGGCUUUGACAUUGGCUUUAAAUUAUAAGGCUAGGAUUCUCAUCUCUUUGAUGAAACCUUUGGAUCAUUUAGAGCUGAAAUGAUAAGGACUAUCACUAAUUUUUCACAAACGUACUUAAAUAAUGAAAAUGAAAAAUAAUACGCUCAUAAGUCAUAAAUUACAUAUUUGAAUGUAACAAAGUGCGAGGAAAACUCUUUUGAAAAUUUAGCAUAAUCUGAAAAAAAUAGAUAGAAUUUGGAGGAAUAUUUCUGUGUUGAUACAUAAGAUUUUAAAGAUUAAUUAUUCAUAGAAGGCAAUAUUAAAAGCAUUUAGUAUACUUAUAUAAGAAUUUACUUAAAUUUCUGUCAGGAUGCUAAUUUACAAUGUAAAAAUUAAGAUGAUGUUCAAAAUUUUCUUGAUAAUAUGAAGCUUUAAUACAUCUUUGUCAAUUCAAAUUUCGAUUUCACAGAUUAUGAAAAAUCUGUACAGCAUUAUAUUGAUGAUUCAAAUAGCAUUACAUUGCAGAAAAAUAAGAAAAAGGAUAUUAAUGUCAAAGUUAAAUUUGCUUAUUCUUAAAGGUAUGACAAUUUCUUUUCAUUCUGGGAAUAUUAUACAGACUAUUUUUUUAAGAUAGAUGAGAUUAAGCAUGAGGAAAGUGUAUUAAAUUCUAGUACAGAUGUGUAAACUAUGGCCCAAAUUAAUAUUAAAUUAGAUAGGAAAACUUUAAAGUAUGUAAGAUAAGUCGAGAGCAUAUUUGAUGUCUUAGAAUCAAUUGGUGGUUUUAAGGAAUCAAUUUUCUCCAUAAUCUUUAUCAUGCUUAUAUUCUUCCAGGAAAGAAUGUUUAAGGGAUCAUUUAUCAAGCAACUAUAUCUUUAUUAAGCAAGAACAAGAAAGAGAAAUAGUAUCCUUGAGGUAUAAUCCACUAUAAAUCAUUAAAUGAGUGAUCUAAGUGUGGGGUAAAAAAUCUAGAUUUUAAAUGAUCCUUCGCAAAGAAGAGAGCUAUUUAAAAAACGAUUAUUGUCCAUGAAAUAGUUCUCUCUUAAAAAGAAGAAUGAAUCUGAUUUAAAUGUCCUAGAAAGAAUUGCUAAUUCUAAUUUCCUACAGGAAAACUAAAUAAUUAGAAUUAUAGAUGAAAUUCUCAUUAGAAGUAGGUUUAAAUAUGGAUUUGAGAUGAUUUUAGAUUAUCUAGCAAAAUGCUUGUGUUUAAGGAGUUUGUAAAAGUUAUCCAAGAAUUAAUCUUAUAAAAAGCAUUUUCUCUUUAAAAGAGGUAUAGAAAAACUAGAAUAAGAGUUAGAUGUAGUCAAUUUGCUAAGAUCUAUAAGAUAAUUAAGGCUUUUGACCUAAGUUAUAUUGCCAUUAAGAUCUAGACUGCUAUUGAAGUUUUCAAAGAAAAAUGUGAUAUUGACUUCAUCAUCAUCUUCUGACUCUGAUUUUCACAAAAAUGACAUUCUUAAAUAGAUAGAUAAUAAUAAAAAUUAAUUUUUGAAACUUGCAUCUAUUGUGAAGAUAAAGAAAGCAUUAUCUCACUUUAAAUAACACCCCAUGGAUGAUAAUGACAAGGUUUUACUGAAAGGUAUUUUUAUUAAAAAAGCUAAAGACUUUCAUGAUGAAUUACUUUAAACACCAAUGCUACCUAAGAGUAAUGAAAUCGAUGAUAGUGAGCUAAAAUCCAAUACUAGUAACUCAAAUAGAUUGAAUGAUUCAUAAAGACCUCUACAAUAAAGAAAAUCAAAUUUAAUCUCAAAUUUAGAACUGAUAACUCGAAAUAAUCAUCUACCUCCAUAUUCAACUCCCUAAAAUAAGAUCGACGAAAUUGAUUCUUCAAAAUAUCAGUUACAAGAUGAGGAAAAUUUUUCAAAGUAUAAUAAGAGUAGAAAAAUAUAAAAGCAAGGUAGAUCACUCAUUAAAUCUAAAACUACCAGAAAUAGGAAAUUAAAGGAUUAAAAAGCGACCUCUGAUGCAGUUAACAAUUUCAACGAUUAAAUCUAAAUUGAUUAAGAUGCAAUGGUUGAAGAAAUUGAUAGUAAUCGUAGUCAAUGA